AACAAUGAAAUCAUUGUUGAUUUUAUCUCUUUUCUGUGGAUUAACAUUCGCCACAUUUUCACCCUAUACUUCCGGUGGAUAUCUGAAUUACCAGACAUAUCUUCCUGACACCUACAAUACCUUCAGCAGCGGAUAUUAUCCAUCCUUUAACACACUCAGCACUGGAUACUAUCCAUCCAAUUCAUUCAGUUCUGGAUACUAUCCCUCAUCCUUCCUUUACAAUACAGCAUACUAUCCUACUGUCGUAAGCCAUUACCUGUACUUCCCCGGCGGAAACCCAUGGGAGCCUGGAAGGAAUUUCAUUGACUUGAGAAUUAAUCCUUAUCCAUGGUACCUCAGAUAUUAUGGUCCGUACCUUGGAGGUUUGGGUGGAGGCUUCGGUUCCGGCUUUGGAGGUUUGGGUGGAGGCUUCGGUUCCGGGUUAGGAAGACUUACCGGAAGCCUAGGAACAGGUAGUUUAGGAUUUCCUGGAGCUGGAGGGUAUUUCCCAGGCGGAAACGUCGGAGGAUUUGGUUAUAGAAGUAAGAAAAUAAUUUUAAGAAACUACUAA